AGAAGCCCCGAGGGCACAUUCACACGUGCGCCACCAAUAUUUAUAUCACGAACUCGCACGCUCGCCCUUCUUUCUUCUUCCUUUCUUCCUUCUUCUUCUUCUUCUCUUUCAGGUAUCUGGACGAACCAGGACUCCUCCUCCAGAAUCGCGAUCUAAUUCCGGGGCUUGUCACUUAAAUAGGAAUAUGGAGCUAAAUUCCAUCAAAGAUGCAUUUGAGCGUGUUGUUAAGAAGCAAAAGCUAUCUUCUUCUAAAUCCCAAGAAGUAAUUCAGCAAGUUCAUCGUGAAAUUGAACAGGCACUGACACAGAUCCUUUCAGCUCAGGAUCCUUCCGCGCCUGUUGAUCAAAAAUCCAUCCUUGCAGAGCUGAAACUCAAACUCAGUGCAGUUGGUCCAGUCCAGCAGUUAGAAGGGUCACAUAAGGAACUGAACUUAAACCUCAGCAAGUACACUAAACUCCUUGAAAGAACCUUGAAUCCAGACAUAUCAAAGGCAUACAGAGAUGUUGACUUUGACUACCAUAUUGUGAAUCAGCUCAUUGCUAAUCAUUUUUACCGGCAAGGGUUGUUUGAUCUGGGAGAUGGCAUAAUAGAUGAGGCUGGAGAACCAGAGUUAACCAUUGUAAAAUCUCAGUUCUCGGUAAUGCAUCAGUUACUUGAGGCUAUGAAGGUUAAGAAUCUUGAGCCUGCUCUAAACUGGAUCCGUGCUAACCGUGAACAACUGAAUCAGAAUGGUUUGAAUCUUGAGCUGAAACUCCAUAGUUUGCAGUUUCUGGAGAUUUUACAAAAUGGCACUCAAGCUGAUGCACUUGUAUAUGCCAGGACUCACCUUGCUCCUUUUGCUUCUCCUUCCUCCCCUCACAAGGAUGAGGUACUGAAGCUCAUGGGUUGCCUUUUAUAUGCAGGAAGGCUCAACAACUCCCCUUAUUCUGAGUUUACAUCUCCAACUCAUUGGGAGAAGGCGAUGGAGGAUCUUACAGGGCAGUUCUGUAGUCUCUUGGCACAGUCCUAUAACAGCCCGUUGAGUAUGACGAUGGCUGCAGGAUUUGAAGGGUUGCCUACUCUCUUGAAGCUGGCAAAUGUAAUGGCUGCAAAGAAGCAGGAGUGGCAAGCGAUGAAACAGUUGCCAGUGCCUGUGGAGUUGGGGAAGGAGUUUCAGUUCCAUUCUAUAUUUGUCUGUCCUGUGAGUAGAGAUCAAGGCAGUGAAGACAAUCCCCCCAUGUUGAUGCCGUGCUUGCAUGUUCUCUGCAAGCAAUCAAUCAUGAAGCUGUCGAAGAGCAGCACCAGGACAUUUAAAUGCCCAUAUUGUCCGGCAGAGGCAUCAGUUGCUCAGUGCAAACAGCUACAUUUCUGAUGGUCAUCUCUAUUAUUGCAUCAAUGUGUUAUUAUUAACUUUGUAUAUAGAAAUUACUUCCAGAUUCGUUGUUUGAUUAUUUAAGUACCCUUAGUUUGCAUAAAGUUUGAACUGACAUUUUUUAAUCUCAUCAAAGGCUUUGGUACAAGACCUGCA